CGAUACGUCUACCACAAUAAUAUCAGUUGUAUUUUAAAGGGGAAAARCACUAUAGACAAGGAAGACUUAACYUUUAAGACUUCUCCUGAAUCGUCAUUAACCUAAAGCGCUUUGGAGCCAAGAUGGAGGAUGAAGACACAACACUGGCUUUGAUGAAGUACUAUUGUUAUGAAAAGUACUUUAACCAUGUUGUAAAAACAGCCUCAGCGGCUCUAAUGAAAUACGGCAAUGAUCCCAUCUUUAUUUUUUUCCAUGCGUAUGGAAAUCUUCUCCAAGAUCAAAUCAGGGAGGCCACUGAAGAACUGGCCAAAAUAAGAGACAACAGAGAGCUCUCUUUAUGUGCAUUAAUGGCCCUUGUGUAUGCAGAAAAAAGAAAACCAAACCCAGAUCGAGAUGUCAUCCAAGAACUUGACGCAAAGAUUAAAGAGGAUCGUAAAAAUGCACCUCCCAAGAGUUUGUACCACGCUGGGACUUUUCUCUGGCUGUUAGGGCGAAACGAUAAAGCGAGGGAGUACACAGAGAGGAUGAUCAAACUCUCCAGUGGUGCCAGAGAAGGCCUGAUCCURAAAGCUUGGAUAGAUGUUACUUCUGGGAAGGAUGCUUAUGCCAGAAAAGCUGGAAAGUACUUUGACGAGGGCCUGAAAGAGAGAUCAGAUGCUUUUGGUCUAAUGGGAAAGGCACAAUACUAUGAAUAUCGUCAGAACUACUCUGGAGCAUUAGAAAUUGUUAACCAAGUUAUAGCAAGUUUUCCUGGGUUCUUACCGGCCCUUAUCAAGAAAAUGAAACUGCUGUUAAGCCUUCAAGAUUGGGAUCAAACCGUAGAUGCAGCACACAGGCUUUUACAGAAAGAUAAAAAUAACCUGGAGGCGCUGCGGAUGCUGGCUCUCCAUUCUCUUUGUAGAGAGGGGGAUAUUGAUGAGGCAGAAAAGCACAUAUCAAACCUCAUCAGCAGCUUGGAGGUUCUGGAGCCACACAACCCUGAGCUGCUCUACAGAAUGGCUGUCGCCUUCGCCCGUGUUUGUGGACGCAGUGCGAAAGUGCUCGAGAAGACGUUCCGAAUGGUGGAACGGGCUUAUUCUGUGUCCUCAGGGGACCCAGAUCUAGCCACAGAACUGGGCUACCAGAUGGUACUUCAAGGCAAAAUAAGGGAGGCUCUGAAGUGGUACAAGGCAGCCAUUAGUAACACAGAGAAAACUAGUGUUUCAGCUUUGAUUGGUAUGGCCCAUAGUCAGUUAAUUGAGGGACAACUUGAAGAUGCAGAACAACAGGUGGAGUUUCUUGCUGAGGUUCAGCAGUCCAUAGGAAAAUCAGGGGAACUUUUGUACCUACAAGCUGUACUGGCAGGAAAAAAGCAGCAGCCUCAGGCAGAAGUGACCAACCUGUUGAAUGACUCUGUGGAUACACACUUCUCCUCGCUCCAAGGUCUGCCUCUGGGAGUCGAGUAUCUGGAGAAGAUGAACCCAGACUUCCUGUUGGAGAUUGUCAAAGAGUAUCUUGCKCUUUGUCCUGCUAAGCCUCCUUCUCCUGGCCAGUCCCCUGCUCCUCAGCUUCAGCACUGUGCCACAUUGUUGGAUACUGUGGUCAAAAUCGUGCCGGGUCUCCGUCAAGCAGUCUUCCUGCUCGCCAAAGUCCGAUUUCAGUCGGGUGACAUAGAUGCUGCUCAGAAUGGUCUGAGCCACUGCCUGGACCAGUGUCCAUCUUAUGCAGAGGCUCAUCUGUUAAUGGCCCAGAUCCACCUGCUGCAGGAUAAUGUGACACUGUGCAAUCAGUCGCUCGAACUCUGCCUCAGCCACAACUUUGAGAUCCGAGACCACCCUUUGUACCACCUGAUCAAAGCUCAAGCUAAGAAGAAAAAGGGGGAGCUCGCUGAGGCUAUUCAGACGUUGCAGAUGGCUAUGACCCUUCCUAGUGUCCGUAGAGCCGGGUCAUCCAAAUCAAAGCACAAGAAGACAGAACUGAGCUCUGCUGACUGUGUUUCUGUCUUCUUGGAGUUAGCUGAGGCUCUGUGGCUCAAUGGGGAACAGCAUCAAGCGACAAAGGUGAUGCAAGAUGCCAUCAAUGAGUUCUCUGGCACACCUGAAGAACUACGUGUCACUAUUGCUAAUGCAGACCUGGCCCUGCUGCGUGGCGACACGGAGCUGGCGCUGACUAUGCUGAGAAACAUUACCCCCGAGCAGCCCUAUUACAUCCAAGCCAAAGAGAAGAUGGCUGACAUAUACCUGAAACACAGAAGAGAAAAACUGCUGUAUGUGAGCUGCUACAGAGAAAUGGUGGAGAAGCUGCCCAGCGCUCACACGUACCUCCUGCUCGGUGACGCUUACAUGAACAUUCAGGAGCCUGAAAAAGCCAUUGAGAUUUACGAACAGGCUCUGGAGAAAAACGCCAAAGAUGGAGCUUUAGCCAGUAAAAUUGGGAAAGCCUUGGUCAAGACUCAUAACUACAACAAGGCAAUUAAUUACUAUGAGGUAGCCCUGAGGACAGAACAACAGAACUUCCUGCGUUAUGACCUGGCUGAGCUUCUGAUGAAGAUGAAGCAGUAUGAGCGCUGUGAGAAAGUCCUGAAGGAAGCGCUAACUUCUGAACCAGCUAUCAAAUGAAUGCCGUUAUCUCGUCUUGUUGGCAAAAGUCCAAAAUAAAGUUGAAAAAAAUGAAGAAGCUUUACUUUCUCUGGAAAAAGCGCGAAAUGUUCAAGCCAARGUGCUGAAGCUGGUGCAGUUGGAGCAGCCUGAUGCCGUCCCCGCGCAGAAGCAACUYGCUGCUGAGAUCUGUGCCGAGAUCGCCAAACACUACGCAAGUCAGAAGGGCUAUGAGAGAGCGGUCAAAUUCUACAAAGAAGCUCUUGUGUAUUGUGAGACAGAUCGCAAGGUGAUGCUGGAGUUGGCUCAGCUGUACCUUACUUUAGAUGAGAUCGAUGCAUGCCAGAACCAGUGCAAUCAUAUCUUGAAGAAUGACAAACUUAAUGAAGAAGCAACUUUGAUGAUGGCAGAAAUAAAUUUCCAGAAGCAAGAUUAUGACCAGGCAGUUUCAAAUUUCGCAGCUCUCCUAAAGCACAAACCAGACAACUACCCAACUCUGUCACGUUUUAUUGAUUUGUCGAGGAGGGCCGGCAAGUUGGAAAAAGUACCCGAAUCACUCUCAAAUGCUGAAAAACAUUCCUCCRGGACUAAAUUUGAUCCAGGGUUUAACUACUGCAAGGGGCUUUAUCUUUGGUACACGGGUGAACCCAAUGACGCUCUUCGACACUUUAAUAAGGCUCGGAAAGACAACGACUGGGGACAGAACGCUGUGUACAACAUGAUUGAAAUCUACCUAAAUCCCGACAAUGAUACAAUYGGAGGGGAAGUGUUUGAGAAUUUAGAUGGUGAAAUCGGCAACUCCACAGAAAAGCAAGAGUCAGAGCAGCUUGCUGUGAGAACAGCAGAAAAGCUGCUCAAGGAGAUCAAGCCUCAGACGCCGGGUGGACAUGUGCAACUUCGCAUCCUGGAGAACUACUGCUUGCUUGCUACAAAACAGAAAGCCAAUAUAGAGAAAGCCCUUGGUGUUUUCACAGAGAUUGCAAACAAUGAGAAAGACCACGUACCAGCUUUGUUGGCCAUGGCCACAGCGUACAUGAUGCUGAAACAAACUCCCAAAGCCAGGAACCAGCUGAAACGUAUAGCAAAGAUGAACUGGAACACUGCUGAUGCCGAUGAGUUUGAGAAGAGCUGGCUCCUCCUGGCUGAUAUAUACAUCCAUUCAGGGAAGUUUGACAUGGCUGGCGACCUUCUUAAAAGAUGUCUCAAUCAUAACAAGUCAUGCUGCAAAGCUUACGAAUAUCAGGGCUACAUAAUGGAAAAAGACCAGGCAUUCCGUGAUGCAGCUCUCAGCUAUGAACUUGCUUGGAAAUUUGGAAAUCGGACUAACCCAACUAUUGGAUACAAGCUUGCUUUCAACUACUUGAAAGCAAAGAGGCACGUGGAUGCCAUUGAUGUGUGCCAUAAGGUUCUUUCAGCAUACCCAAAUUAUCCAAAAAUGAGAAAGGAAAUACUGGACAAGGCCCGUGCUGCCUUGAGACCCUAAUGUUGGACAUUAUGUGCACAUGUGUAAGAGUGGGAGA